CCAGCCAAUAGCGAAAUAACCGCAUCCUUUUUAUUUCAGCGUGUUUGACAUGCGAGGCUUGGAGAUGCAACACCCAGAUGCGAUUGGCGCAGGGCACCGGAUCUCUGCCUCCAGGCGUCACUAGUAGAUGAAAAUAGACACGUCAGCAGAUGUGAUUUUCAGGACGAGAGAAAUUCGCCUUGUUGUUUCUGCUGAUGAGAAAGGUGGAAUGGUGGACUUGGCAGACCGAGGGCAAGUAUAAAGAGGACAAUUGAGGUUGCAGAGAUUGCAACAUCUCAACUCAAUUCUCCCACAACCCGCACUCUUCCCUUCAGCUUCCACUCCCCUCCUCUUCCCUCUUUUCAAUCACCUGUCUGUCAUAAUAUACCCCUAAACAUCCCCAUUUCCUAAAAUAUGCCCCCUACCUUUCAUAUGAACAACUUCAAGCCGUGGGCUCGCUCUUACAGAAAGCCAUUUUCACCAUACAAAUCACCCAAUCCAUGCACCCCAAGAACCCAAAAAUCCUCUCGCCCCAAGCCUUAUCAUGAUUCCCUUCCAAGCACUUUGCCACUUCCUAAGCAUAAUCUCCCUGCACGGCCACCAGCCGAAGUUUGCGUGCAUAUCAGUGCAAACACUCAGCUGUGUACAUCAUCAAGCUCUCAGUCUCAACCACUGGAAAUAUCUGUACCAGAACAGAAUACAUAUCUGGAGACUCCUGAGCACAGCACAACAUCUCCCCAUGAUUCAGCGCCUCACUUCUCAGAUCCAGAUCCAAUAUCCUGCUGCGAUGUUCAAGAUGACACUGAUAUCCCAAUCGAGCCGCCCGCCUUCCGGGGAGAUUCGGCAGAGAAUGCUCUAUCAUCUCCCAGUAUAUCUAGCUCAGAUGACAGUCCAGAAGAGUUUUUCAGGCUUCCGAAUGCACAGGAUGACAUUCCCAUCGACCCGGCAAUCCUUGGCAACCACUGGCCUUGGGAGGAUAGCAGCCUCCAGCAAUCUGUCCCAGAAGCCGACAGCUUCAUCAAUUCAGAGACGACUUGUUCAUAUCCUGACCCUCCACCCGUUCUUCACAGCCCACCUAACUAUCAUAGAGGUUCCUGCGAAAAGGCUGGUGGCCAGAAUGGCGAUACUCAAACAAGUGACCACUCUCACAUCCAUGAUCAUCAACAACUGCACCCCUCCCAACGUAACACUGAUCCUGAUGCUUCCUACCCUGGUGGUGUCCGUGGUGACCAUCAUGUCGGUUGGCAAUCAAAAAGUUCCAAGUGGAAGACGCAACAAUCAGACGGGCGAGCUCACAAACGGCUUCGAGUUCCAUCAAUGUUGCCGCCCAAGGAGGAUUCCUUCACGCUUUGUUCUCACUUCAUGUCUGCCCCACUCGACGAUCGUUUGCAAUUCCUUUCUUGGCAAUUCGAAGGUGCUCUACCACAUUGUAUGUCUAACUCUCCACUGACAGCAUGUGAAGAGAGAGAUGCGCUAGCAACAAGUUGCUCAAGUACCUCGCAUGAGAUUGAACAAAAUAGGCGUGAUCGUAGAAAGGCCCGAGGAGGCUCCAGAAAGAAUAUGCCAUGGUCCAUGGAAGAAACGAGCCUUCUGCUGAAGUUGAGAAAGGAAGAGAGUCGGCCUUGGUCAGAGGUUGCAAGGUUAUUCUCGGAGCGCUAUCCAGGGAGGACUUUAGGCGCGAUACAGGCAUACGAUAUUGGCAUUCUGACCGUUUACAAACUAAGAGGAUGAGUUAUAACAAGCCAUCAUAUCCUCUUAUCCACUGAUGAUUCGAUUGGCACUGAAUUCUCUCCCUUUCAUGCAACUGAGCUAGCUGCCACGCAUUUAUAAACCAGCUAUCCGAUGCAUGCACCCCACACUGUAAUGCAACUGGGCCAGGUCCUUAGGUCCUCUCAUUCGUUCCCACAGUUCUGCUCAGAUCCAGACACGCCCCUGUGGCCACCACUGGGGACAGCAACACAUACAUGAGCCUGGUGUUAGUCGCGAUCAUGUCGCAUAUUAUACUUCUGGCCACAUCAGCGAGUUGUGUGUCGGUCGGUCAUCAUCAUGCAAACCCAGUCCUUUCCGGCAGUAUUUAUUGUCUGUGGUGAUUCAAUGCAUGUGAUUCUGGGUUGCUAGAGUAG